GGUGUGAACGCGAACCAGGGUCCUAACCACAGACUGUAGGUCCAAACGGACUAUUCGAAAUGCAUCAUGGGAGGGGAUCCUAUAUUAUUUCAUUUCCUGUUUGUGGUGAAAGAAGAAAAUAUGGGGCGAACCUCCGCGAACCGGGGCAACACGUGGGCCACUGAAGAAAUUCAAGCCCUCGUGGACAUCUGGGCAGACGAAUACAUCAAUCAACAACUAUCGUCAACGCACAAGAAUAUUGAAAUAUUUGCGAUUUUUAGCAAACAGAUGAGGGAGAAGGGCUUUAAUCGGUCUCCAGAGCAGUGCCGUAUUAAAGUAAAAAAACUUCGACAGAAAUACAUACAGGUGCGUGAUAAACUGAAGAAAACGGGAAGUAGCGGAAAAGAAAAGGACAAAUUUAUCUGGUUUGAUGAACUCGACAAAAUAUUGGGCACGAAGCCAGUCGUCGAUCCAGUGGAUGUAGUAGAAAAUGAUGAACGUGAGCCUAUGCCGGUAUCACUUACUGCCUCAUCGGAUUUAACCCCUCCAAGUGACCCAGAUGUUGAUGAUGUGGAAGACUCUGGCAACACCCUUGAUCUGUCAAAUGUAUCUGAGGUACAGAGCACAGAUACUGAAGAGAAAGAUUCAGGGGGAGGGAAGCUACCCAUUCCUGGAGCACAGGCCAGGAAAAGAAAAGCCAAGUCUAACAGAGAUGACGAGGUUGUGGAAUACUUGGCACAGACCCAGAAGAUGCUGCACGACAUUCAGGGGGCGGAGCAACGACGGAUGGAUCAGGAGGCUGCUUCCUUUGAAAAAUUGCUGAAGGCUCAACAGGAAGCUGAGGAACGGCGAUUCCAGGCUAUGCAGGUGCAACAACAGGCCACUAACCAGAUGAUGUUGCAGCUUUUGAGCACUCUGGUAAAUUCUCAACAACAUCACUCAUCCACAGUACCCGCUUGGAACAGUACAACAUGGCCCAUGCAACCACAUCACCCGUCACAGGCAUAUCAGCAACCACAGCCUACUGUCGAGCAGCCUGUGAUUCACUCAUAUCCUCCUGCCCGACAAUACCCUUCUACCUCCUACCCCACCAUAUCCUCACCACACUCUUCCACCUCCCAGCAAGAUAUUCACAGCGUUUCAUCCAUCUUAUGUGAUGCUAACACACAACUGCACCCAUUGUAGACUGGUAUUUAUGUGAAGCGCAUGUUUUUGAGUUGCAAGUUGGUUUUGCAGUGAAAGUUGUUUCUUUCUUGUUUGAGGUGCAAGUUAUUUAUUUCUUGUUGUUUGAAGUUAAAGUUGUAUUUGUUUUCUUCAACAGCCUAAUGUGAAAGACACCUCUCAAAAGUAUUGGUAUAUUUUAUUUUGU